GCUCAUGUACAGUUCAGGCCAAAGAUUUCUGAAAGAAACAUUCAGGAACCUAUGAACUUUGAACUUCAAUUUGCUAAUUUCUUCACUCCCACAAUCUAUUUCUCUCUCUCUCUCCUCAAGUAUGGAUUCCAAUACCCUUCUUGAUUAUGCUCUAUUUCAACUCACACCAACCAGAACAAGAUGUGAUCUUGUGGUCUUUUCUGGUGGGAUCAGUGAGAAAUUAGCUUCUGGGUUAGUAGAACCUUUCAUUUCUCACCUGAAAUUUGCUAAAGAUCAUAUUCCCAAAGGCGGGUACUCAAUAACUCUUCGACCACCCACCAUUGAUGCUUCUUGGUUCACCAAAGCCACAUUUCAAAGAUUUGUGCGUUUUGUAAACACCCCCGAAAUUCUCGAGAGGUUUCUACAAAUUGAAGGAGAGAUUUUGCAGAUUGAGAGUUCUGUCCAAUCAAAUGGACACGGGGAGAAAGGGAGUUUUCCAGCUGCCGAUGGGAUUACAAAGAAGUCAAUUGAUUCCUCCAAGUCAAAAGGUGAAAUUGAGGAAAUCAAUGAUGUUGUACAAGAAGAAAAUUCCAAGAUUCAGCUUCAACGUCUCUUGGAGACUCGAAAAGUACUACUACGGAAAGAGCAAGCCAUGGCUUAUGCCCGUGCACUUGUGGCUGGUUUCGAAAUCGAGGAUAUUGAUCAUCUCCUAUCUUUUGCUGAUGCUUUUGGAGCCUCACGUUUGAGGGAAGCAUGCAUUGAUUUCAAGGAACUGUCCAAGAAAAAGCGCACAGAUGGCCUUUGGAUGGAUGAAUUAGCAGCUAUGGAGUCAUGCUCCCCAUCAGAGCUGUCAUACUUGGGAACAUCAGGGAUUGUUCUUACAUGUGAAAACACCUCAAGCCCGAACAACAUGCUAAAUUUUCACAAUGGUGGCAUCUCUGCUGGUAGACUUGUGCCAAAUGGCUCAAUGGAUGUUUCUUCUGAUUCACUUGCCACUGAGGCAAAUUCAGAGAGCAACAACGGUGAUAACUUGCCCGCAUCAGAUCAGAGACAAUCGACUUCAGCAAAUGGUCAAGUGCAGAUGCCAUGGCUAAACCAGAUUCCUUCAUAUAUGUACAAUUUUCAGAGCCCUGUUCAACAAAUGCCUCCAUUUCAAGGUCAUCCUCUCUCGGGUGCACUUCCUGUAGCUCCAUUUUAUCCGGGGAAUGGGCUUUGGCCUCCAAAUGUGGACUUGUCUGGUCAUGGUGUUGUACGGGAAGCUGAUCAUCAUCGACAUCAGAAGCCAAUAACAAAGAAGAAAUCUCCAAAAGAAACAGGGCCUGAAAGUUCAGAGGUAGAUGAGCAAACUGAAAAUAGUGACUCCAAUUCUGGAAGUAAUCCAGAUGCACCUACCCAGCAUGAUAGAAAGCAUUCAUCAAGGGAAGAACCAUACAGGAGAAAGCACAAGAAGAAAUCCUCCAAAACCGUCAUAAUACGUAACAUCAACUACAUCACUUCCAAGAGUAGCAAUGGAGAGAAGAAUGGAGUACCUGAUGAUCUUUCGUCUGUUGAAGAUGAAGUAAUCGAUGAAUAUUCUCUCCGACAGCAGGUAGAGGAUGCAGUUGGAUCUUUGGAGAAACACCGGAGGUCAGCAUCACAUAACAAUAAAAGGCGAGGCGGGCACAAAAUCCCUAAUGGCGUAAACGGAUCAAAAGAUUCUGCUGACCAGGAUCUUGAGAAUAAUGCAGCAGCAAAUAGAUUGGAGGGAGCAAAACGAGAUGAGAACUGGGAUGUCUUCCAGAAUCUUCUAAUAAGAGAUGAGGAGCCGACUAUUGAUGGGGUAGAACAGAAGCAUCGUUUGGAUGUUCAAGAUGAACAAUUGGUGAUCAAGAGCUCCGGUAAUUGGAGUGCAUUAACAAAUUGCCACGAGGAAGACUUUGAAUCAGAGAAAAACAAAAUUCACCAGACAACAGCUGCAGAUUUCUUUGUUGUGACUGAGAGAGAUGAGGAAACUAAGGGAAGAGUUCACUUGGAAGAUUUUGGAAAUGGCGAGAAUUCUCUUCCAAGGAUGAAGAGAAGGGGUUUGGCAGAAGAGGAAGUUCUAUUUUCUCAGAGAUCAGAAGAAUCAGUGAUUGCUCUCCAGGAAACCCUUUUGGACUGUGACAGAGAGUCGUCUCUAAUUAAAAGUGGAAACACAGAAGAUUGGUUCAUUGUCAACCACUCGGGAGAAUCAGAAAGUCCGAAGGGAACCAUCCAGCGAAAUAUAUAUGAUGCCAGUUACAAUUUGUCAGUAAAAGGCAAUCGUGCUCUCAUGGAAAGAAGUGAAAAAGUUGUUCCUGUAGAUGAUUCUUUUAUGGUACAAGCUCCAUCAGCUGUUGAUGAUCAAUAUAAUACUCAAUGGAGUACAGACAUGAGCAUGGUUUUGGACCAGGCUAUAGCUUCCCAGCCUGAAAAUGGCACCAAAGAUCUUUCGGGGAACAAAGUUGGAGUAUCUGGUCCCUAUGAGCCUGACGACCUAUCUGUGGUGCUUAUACGGGAUUUAGGAUUAGAUUCCUCUGGGGGCCCUUGGACACCAGAAAUGGAAUAUGGAACUGAAAUUUCAUUUAAAGGACCCGAUAGAAAGUCCUCUGCCAUUGAAACAAAAGAUCUCGUAGAAGAGAAGCUUCCCACCAGUAGUAAGAGCACCCAUCGGAAGGCUGUUGUUCCUGGGACAAAAAAUGUGGGCAAAGAAGUGAGGUCUAAAAGUUUGCAGGGUUCUCUUUCAAAGAUCAAAUCAGAUAAUUUUUCUAAUGGCAAAAAGCAACCAACUCCUGUAAAGAGGCCUGUGGUUCAAAAGAGCAAAUUAGAAAAGGAAGAAGAGAAUCGCAAGAAAAUAGAAGAAUUAGCAAUUCAACGCCAGAAGAGAAUUGCUGAAAGAACUGCAGCUACUGGUUCUGCUCAUAUCACAUCUAAGAAAGUUCCACUGGGAAGGAAAACGGCUUCUUUGGGUUAAGUUUGCCUAAACUAGCCAGUACCAAUUCAUCCGGUGUUAUAUUAAACACAGGAGGAUCUGUUCUUUCAAACUCGGUUGGUCUUGUGAAUGCUUAAAUGCCCUGUCAACAAUGUCUGCUUAAGCUUUAUAUGGUGAAAAUUUAUUUGAAGAAAUUGAUCUGCCAAGAAUUUUGUGUGUAACCAGACAAGGGUAGCAAAAAUUUUCUUCUACCGGAGCCAUGAAUCUCUUGCCAGGCUUUUUACCUUGAGUUCAUAAUCUUUUGAUAUAUUCCCGCAGAAUCUUCCACUUCAGAUUACUGCUAAUCCUGGUGCCGAUUUUUCCAAGUCUUUGUUUUUUUGUAUUUUCUUUAGUUGUAAAUUUUCAACAUAUAUUGUCAUUUCCACUAAGUAAUAUGUUUGAGAAAUUCUUUCUGUAUGUAGUUCAGAAUUUGUAUUUUGUAACUAUUGCAAUAAAAUUGUAUUCUUUUGUUU